ACGAUAUUCGAACGCAGAUUUGAGUUCAUACCAGGAAUUCUUUCAGCAAAUGGUUGGAAUGCAAUCUGGAAUUUCGGUCUUCGAAAAGGUCUCGGGCUCCGAGCUUUGCGAGUGAUGGGUUGGUAUCAGUUAUCAAAGGUACAUGAAUUCCUUGCGCCAACACCACGUUCAGUCACUCGUGUACGAGCACUUUUUUUUUUGUUGAACCGGUUUGCUAGACAACCUUUCAUAACCAAAGUCAGACCGGUCGUUCAUUCAGAUACGUUACAACGAUUUGUUAACAUGAACAAACUAUACUUCUUAGCAGCUCAGAGCAGGGUAGGUCAAGAAAUACUCCUAGCAGCUCUUGUCGGCAUUACGUCACAUCUCGUUCUAUUCAUUCGUGGAGAGCACCAUGUGAAGGCUCCAAUUCUCUUCUGGUUGCCCAUUCUUGCGACAGCUGCACUAGGAUACACAAAAACCAGAGGCCCAAGUGGGAACUGGAACGAGGGGAUCUGGGAGACUGGAGCGGUGGCUGGAAGCUACUUCACUGCUCUACUAUCAAGCAUUACAAUCUAUCGGCUGUACUUCCAUCGAAUCCGUCAUUUUCCCGGUCCAACCUUAGCCAGUGUCACGAAACUUUGGCACGUGGCCCAUACAAUUGAUUCUCGGAAUCAUCUCGUGUUGGAUAGGCUUCACAAAACAUAUGGGGAUUUUGUUAGGACUGGACCAACCGAAAUCACAGUGUUCCAUCCGGAAGCUACCUUAGCGGUUCAUGGAUUUUCGAAUAAGUGCUCCAAGUCUGCCUGGUACGAUAUACUUCUGCCUAUGAAUUCGCUUAGCACGAUGCGGGACAAAAGACAGCAUAAUGAACGGCGCAAAGUAUGGGAACGGGCCAUAUCUUACAAGACGAUGGCGGGAUACGAGCAGCGGAUCAAGAAACACGUCUCAAAUCUCGAAAGCCACAUUGAACGCACAGCCGGACAGUCCAUCAAUAUGACUCAGUGGUGCUACUUCUUCGCAUUCGAUGCCAUGGGGGAUUUCGCUUUUGCUGCAUCGUUUGAUAUGCUCAAAACCAAAGAGUGGCAUUAUGCGGUGAUGUUACUGCGACGAGCGCUAGGUCUUCUCGGUCCAGUCAGCCCUGUUCCGUGGCUCGCGCAGCUGGCCUUGAGCUUCACCGUUAUACCGAUUAUCAGAGAUUGGAAUGAGAUGAUGUCCUGGUGCGCAGCCAGGAUGUCUGAGCAAAUCAAUUUCAUCCUAUUACCAAACUUACCUCAUUACCAAAUAUCGUCCUGCUUAAUCCGCCAUGCGAAGUCAAACAGCACGGUGGAGAAAGAUAGACCUUUUUUGAACGGAGAUUCUGCAGCCGUUAUAGUAGCCGGAAGCGACACUGUUGCCUCGACAAUGACCAACCUAUUCUACCGACUAGCAGCAUGUCCCGAGCAUGCCGACAAGAUCCGCGAAGAAGUGGCCUCGCUCCCCUCUGUCGACGACUCACGAGGUUUGAAGGGUUUAGAACACAUGAACGGGGUGAUCAACGAAACUCUCCGUCUCCACCCUGCGGUUCCAACGGGGGGAAACCGCGACACACCUCCUGAAGGCAUGUCUAUAGCGGGGACUUGGAUCCCAGGGAACAUUACUGUCGUGACCCCGAGAUAUACAAUUGGUCGACUUGAGCGCUUGUACUCCCAACCCGAAUCCUUCAUCCCCGAACGAUGGUACUCCAAACCAGAGUUGAUACUCGACCGCAAAUCCUUCAACCCUUUCAACACCGGACGACAUUCCUGCAUCGGCAAGGACCUCGCCCUCGCCCAGAUUCGAUUCGCGACCGCCCUUCUCGUCAGCAAGUACCGCAUCUCCUUUGCACCGGGCGAAGAUGGCACGCGCGUCUGCAGAGAUAUGAAGGAUCAAUUCACCGCGGUUCCGGGGAAACUGAAACUGGUUUUCUCGCGCAUUUGA